UACAUGAAGUUGAAUGCAAUGCCAAGGUUAUAGGGCUAGAGUUCUAGGCUGCAUAUGUAGACAUAUAUUUCAUUUUUAUAAAAAAAAAAUAAUGUUUUAGGUAUGAAAAGUACUGAAAAAGUUGGUUGUGCAGUCAGCCUGGUAAAUGUUAAAGGCAUCCUUUCAGAGGGUGUUAUAUUAGCACCGCGUACGGAGCAUGCGCGUUUCUCCAAGGCCAGUUUCCAUAGCAGUGGUCGCACGGCGAGAUAAGUUCUCCAACUUAUGAUGAUUGACUGACACCCACCGUGCAAGUUCCUUUGAUAUGGAUCUUACUGUGCUUUUCGUUAUUGAACGCCAUCCGACAAACAUGAGCUGUUUUGGGCGGGGGCUGAGGCGGACGGCCCCUGCACGCGGCAGCAGCAGGAAUGAGCUGGUGACCCCCUCGACGGCAUCUCUCUCCAGGGUUAACGGCUGGGCCUGUCCCCCUCACUCCUUCCAGCUGGUGGGAUGGACCAUAUACAGCUACAUGGCUGUAGUUGGCUUUGGGAUCUAUAUUCCACUACUACCUUCACCCUGGAGCCACAUGGCCUACUCUCUGACUGGUAUAGCCUUCAUUGUGCACCUGGUCACCCAUCUAGCUGCCGUGUCUAUAGACCCAGCAGAGGCAGGCGUCCGUGCCAAGAAGAGCUACUCCAACCCACUGCCUGUCUUCGACAAGAAGAAACAACCUCAUGUUAUCCACAACCUACACUGCUACCUGUGUAAAAUCAAUGUGGACCCGAAAGUGAAGCACUGUGGUGUGUGCAACAAGUGUAUUGAAGACUUUGACCACCACUGUAAAUGGCUGAAUAACUGUGUGGGGGGUCAGAACUACUGGUACUUCUUUGUGACGGUGUUGUCUGCUACGCUGGGCGUCCUCGUGCUUCUCGUGGUCAUCCUGUUCAUCUUCAUCCAGCAUUAUAUGGACCCUGCCAGUCUCCGCACCGCACAACAGUUUGACAGUGUGAUGAGUAACGGGACGUGGCUGGUCUUCCUGUCUGUAGGUGUGAUGAGUAACGGGACGUGGCUGGUCUUCCUGCCCCUGGUACCCAUGGAGACAAGCUCAGGGAGUCUCCUGGUUGUAGCCUUCCUCACGGUCAUGUUGGCUACUGGCUCUCUACUGCUGCUGGUUCACCUACUGGGCUUCCACAUCUAUCUCUUGUUAAACAGAAUGAGCACGUAUGACUACAUUAUAACAAGACGGCGUAAACAGGCCAGCCAGCAGGACAUAGAGAUGGGCUUUCCCCAGUCAUCUGACAGCAACGGCAACGCAGGACAGAAUCAUCUGCAAAUGGAGCCCUCCAUGGAUUGUGAUGCGUUGUUGUCAGACAGUGUCAGCUGCAAGAAUCAGGAAACAGGAACUAUUUCAAGUCGACUUUCUGGAUCUUUCUGUACUGAGUUGGACAACUUCACUAAAUCAUCAGAAAAGGAAAAUGGCUUUUACUAUGGCACAGAGCUACCCACCCAGAUUAUACCAGGUGAAGUGGUGAUGGAUGACCCCUUGGGCUGGAGGUUGGGUGGAGGUGGAGAGGGCCCCAGAGCAGGCCAGUGUGAGGGGGUCCCCUACACUGACAGAGCUCAUCAGUAGCUGGUCUCUGAUGCUCUACAGGUGGCCACACACAGUACCUGAGGAACUAAAGGCAUUGACACGCCAUAGCGAACGUCGUCCGUGUGCAGUACAGUAGAUCACCUACUGGAUGUUGACUAACUGUGGUCGAUACAACAUGUUAAAUCUUUGGGAAAUGAACAAAGAAUGACUGUUGAUGUUGUCUGGUCAGAAGCCAUGGAAUCGGCCACCGGAAGCAGUAUUUACCCAGCACAGCACUGGGGAACAAAUAGAAUGUUCAUGCUGGAUUGAAGCUACCAUGAUGCCUCCAACGGACCUCCUGCUGUUGCCUAUGACGAUCACCACUUGGACCUGGAAAUGGAACUUUGGAUUCCGAGCUUCUAAAAUGCAUCAUGGAAUGUUAUGGAAUGUGCUAGUGAAUAGAACACAUUGGAUGCAACCUGGAUUCCUAUGGAAGAGGACAGACAAUGUGAUUUCUCAAAUCUUGACUGCGAUGGGUGACAUUUGCUUUUUUAAAAUAAUUUACUAUUUUAAUAGGAUAUAUACACUGAGUGAUGGGAAGGACAUUUAUUUUGUAGCAAUUUUAUGUAUUUUAUCUGAGGAUUUAAAGAAUUGUUUUACUUGCUAAUUUAGCCAUUUCAGAUCAUAAUGUUCUUGCCUGAAUUGAAUAAUAAAAUGUGUAAACAUA